AUGGGUUUCCUUGGUAAGAAAGGAAAAGGAUCUAUUAGCGAGGAUGAGAAGAAAGAAGUAGAAAAGCAGUGCAAACGGAUCGAUUCCUCCCCACCAGACAUGAGAUCGUUUUUCCGAAGAGGACCGGCGAACACCACGGCUGAGGAGAAGUUGCUGGAUUCGAAAAAGAGUACAGAAGAAGUUCCGAAGGCGACAGUAAUUCAACUGUUCCGCUAUGCUUCCACAUUCGACAGGGUGCUACUGCUUACUGGUGGCCUUGUUGCUAUGGCUACAGGUGUUGGUAUGCCUUUGAUGUCGAUUAUUAUGGGUAAUGUCUCUCAAAACUUUAUGAAUGUUACGGGAAAUUUCACAACUGUCCAUCAAUUCGAACAUGACGUCAUUCAAAACUGUUUGAAAUAUGUUUAUUUGGGAUGUGGUAUAUUUGCAGCGGCUACAAUACAGGCGAUGUGUUUCCUAACAGUUUGUGAGAAUUUGGUGAAUCAGUUGCGACGGGAAUUCUUCAAAGCGAUUCUUCGACAGGAUAUUACGUGGUUCGAUAAAAAUCACUCAGGAACCCUCGCCACGAAACUCUUUGAUAAUCUUGAACGAGUAAAAGAAGGUACCGGUGACAAACUUGGACUUAUGAUUCAAUUCGUUGCACAGUUUUUUGGUGGAUUUAUAGUGGCUUUUACUUACGAUUGGAAGUUGACAUUAAUUAUGAUGUCACUCGCUCCAUUUAUGAUCAUCUGUGGAGCAUUUAUAGCGAAGUUGAUGGCUACCGCGGCUACGAGAGAAGCGAAAAAAUACGCAGUGGCUGGUGGAAUCGCUGAGGAAGUGCUGUCCUCAAUGAGAACUGUGAUCGCCUUCAACGGACAGCCGUACGAAUGUGAAAGGUACGACAAAGCGUUGGAGGAUGGGAAAUCAACCGGCAUAAGGAAGUCACUUUAUAUCGGACUCGGUCUCGCCCUCACCUUCCUCAUUAUGUUCUCCUCAUAUUGUCUCGCGUUUUGGGUUGGAACCGAUUUCGUCUUCAAAGGUGAAAUGUUGGGAGGAAACGUGAUGACGGUGUUCUUCUCUGUGAUGAUGGGAUCAAUGGCUCUUGGUCAGGCUGGGCCACAAUUUGCCGUUCUAGGCACUGCAUUGGGUGCCGCUGGUUCUCUCUAUCAAAUCAUCGAUAGAGAACCGGAGAUCGACGCUUAUUCCCCGAGCGGCGUAAGGCCGAAGAAUCUUAAGGGGAAAAUCUCUGUGUCAAAUGUGAAAUUCACCUAUCCAACAAGACCGGAUGUGCCAAUUUUGAAGGGUAUUUCCUUCGAAGCGAAUCCCGGUGAAACUGUCGCUUUGGUUGGAUCUAGCGGUUGUGGAAAAAGUACCAUAAUCCAACUAUUGUUACGAUACUACAAUCAACAAGAUGGAAAGAUCACCAUAGACGGGGUUGAGAUCGAUAAGAUCAAUAUCGAAUUCCUACGCAACUACAUUGGUGUAGUGUCACAGGAGCCAGUGUUGUUUAACACAACAAUCGAACAGAACAUCCGUUAUGGACGAGAAGAUGUUACCGAGGGUGAAAUCAUCGCAGCUCUCCGUAAAGCGAACGCGUACAACUUCGUGCAGAGCUUCCCUGAUGGUAUAAGAACUAAUGUUGGCGAUCGUGGAACACAAAUGUCUGGAGGACAGAAACAGCGUAUAGCGAUAGCACGUGCCUUAGUGAGAGAUCCGAAGGUGCUUCUUCUGGAUGAGGCUACUAGUGCACUGGAUGCGGAAAGCGAAAGCGUUGUCCAGCAAGCUCUCGAAAAUGCGUCGAAAGGACGAACCACCAUCGUAAUUGCCCACCGUCUGUCGACUAUUCGAACCGCCGACAAAAUUAUAGCGAUGAAGGACGGAGAGGUGAUUGAAGUUGGUACUCAUGACGAGUUAAUUGCUCGAAAAGGCCUCUACUACGAAUUGGUGAACGCUCAAGUUUUCGCCGAUGUGGAUGAAAAAUCUGGAGCUGGUCAGAUCCGUAGCGGAUCUAUCACAUCUCGCAGGUCAAGCACAUCUUCCACGGCUCCAGAGUUAAGACGUCUCAAAUCUCAGCAGUCUCAUUCUGAAAAGGCGCCGAUCUCAAUGGAUCAAAAUGAUCCAGUAAAAGCAGAGAAGGAUCUGGAGAGGCUUAAGAAAGAGCUCGAAGAAGAAGGAGCAGUGAAAGCAAAUCUCUUCAAAAUUCUACGAUAUGCUCGUCCUGAAUGGGGUUUUCUGAUUCUUGCUGUGUGUUCUUCGAUAGUGCAAGGCUGUGUCUUCCCAGCAUUUUCCUUGUUCUUCUCGCAAAUUAUCGAAGUGUUUUCUAAACCGCCUGGUGACGCAUCAUUGAAGAGUGACGGACAUUUCUGGGCGCUAAUGUUCCUCGUCCUCGGUGGAGUCGAAGCUAUUACGAUGAUAAUCCAGUGCUUCUUCUUUGGAAUGUCAGCUGAACGGUUGACGAUGAGGCUCAGAUCGAACGUGUUCCACAAUGUAAUGCGUAUGGAUGCCGCUUACUUUGACAUGCCUCGUCAUUCACCCGGGAAAAUCACCACUCGUCUUGCCACUGACGCUCCUAAUGUUAAAUCGGCGAUUGACUACCGACUGGGGUCUGUCUUCAACUGUGUCGUUUCUGUUUGUGCCGGUAUCGGAAUCGCCUUCUACUACGGUUGGCAGAUGGCUUUGUUGACAAUCGCCAUCUUCCCACUGGCCGGUGUUGGACAAGCAAUUCAGAUGAAAUUCAUGUCUGGAAAAGCAACAAAUGAUGCGAAGGAAAUGGAAAACAGCGGAAAGAUCGCUAUGGAAGCCAUCGAGAAUAUACGAACCGUCCAAGCUUUAACAUUGGAGCAUCGGCUACACGCUCAAUUUUGUCGACAUUUAGAUGGACCUCAUAAAACUAGUAGAAGGAGAGCAGUAAUGCAGGGUUUUUCCUACGGUUUUGCUUGCAGUAUUUUCUAUUUCUUGUACGCAGCAGCAUUCCGUUUCGGCUUGUGGCUGAUCAUAAGAGGCACUCUUCCUCCUAUGAACGUUCUGAGAGUGCUCUUUGCUAUAUCGUUCACUGCUGGAAGUAUGGGCUUCGCCAGUGCCUACUUCCCCGAGUACAUUAAAGCGACCUUUGCUGCCGGUCUCAUUAUCAAUAUGCUAAACGAGGAGCCACGUAUUGAUGGAAUGACAAAAAAUGGCAAGAAACCGAAGCUCAGCGGUUCUAUUACACUGAAAAACGUUUACUUCAAAUAUCCAGAAAGACCUGAUGUUCCCAUACUUCAAGGACUUGAUAUAGCUGUGAAACCUGGUGAAACGCUCGCCUUAGUGGGUCCUAGCGGAUGCGGGAAGUCGACUGUGAUAUCGCUUUUGGAGCGGCUCUACGAUCCUUUGGAUGGUGUUGUGGCUAUCGAUGGUAACGAUCUACGUGAGGUGAAUCCAACUCAUCUACGCUCACAUAUCGCGUUAGUCUCGCAAGAACCAAUCCUUUUCGAUCGUUCAAUUAGAGACAACAUCGUCUAUGGUCUUCCAGCAGGAUCAGUUAAGGAAUCUGAUAUAAUAGAGGUUUCUGAGAAGGCGAACAUUCAUAAAUUUAUCAGCAAUUUACCAGACGGAUACAACACGAGAGUCGGAGAGAAGGGAACGCAGUUGUCUGGUGGUCAAAAGCAGAGAAUUGCUAUUGCUCGUGCACUUAUAAGGAAUCCACAGGUUCUACUGCUUGACGAGGCCACCAGUGCUUUGGAUACCGAGAGUGAAAAGCUUGUACAAGAAGCGCUUGAUAAAGCAUCUGAGGGAAGGACAUGCAUCGUGGUGGCUCAUCGUCUCUCAACGGUUGUGAACGCGAACUGUAUAAUGGUAGUUAAAUCAGGAAAAGUUGUUGAGAAAGGAACACACAACGAAUUAAUGCAUGCGAAAGGAGCAUACUGGGCUCUCACAAAGAAGCAGAACAUCUCUACUAAUUAG